UGAUCUGUAGGGUUUGAACCAUCUGGGGGAAUUAACGAAUGCGCGGCAAGUGUUGAUUCAACCAGAUGCUUGCCACGAGACGGGGAACACGAAGCAAGUUUAGCUGUUUGACCCUUGGUUUCUGUUGGAACCUUGCCAGAUUUAUCUUGUCGAUCGAUAUCCAAAGGUUGCAUGACCAUAUAUACUUCAAUCUACGAUCCGUUCGAUUCGUCAGUACACGAUGACUACAUUACCUUUGCCCAAUAAUCUGCUGAGUGGUGACAUCAAAAGGACCUAAAACGUGCUUCACCUAACGAACACUGGCGUCGGUCGCUCACGCUUACACCGUGGCUCAUCUGCUGUAAUGUAAGUAUGUAACACGGCUCCUACAAAAGCUGCACGCCGACUACAGCCACUGGACACCGCAGCACACCUAGGCCUAGCUCGUACGUCCGUGGUCUCCCAGUCCAGCGAGAACCCGUCGGAUCGCCGCGGGAAUGAGGCCGCCGCCUCCGUUCUUCCUCCUUGCGGCGCUCGCCUCGGCUGCGGUGCUGACUUGCCUCCUCGCCAGCCCGGCCGCGGCCGACUUCUCGGCGCUCGCGCCGUGCGACGUGAUGCAGCUGAGCCCGUGCGCGAGCGCGUUCGCGGGGAAGGCGUCGCCGACGGCGGCCUGCUGCGGCAAGCUCAAGUCCCACGGGCCCAACUGCCUGUGCCGGUACAAGGACGACGCCAACCUGAAGCGCCUCGUCGACACCAGGCACAAGAGGAAGGUGUUCACCGCGUGCAAGGUGCCCGUCCCGAGCUGCUAGCUCUGUCACGCUUACCUGCCAGAGUCUUGAAUAAAUCGAGAUAUACGAAGAGCCAGUUCGAAGUUAGGAUUCGAGAUCGAGUGAAGGUAUCUUGCUACAUUUGUUUACUUGUUAACUAUUUCGUACUCUUACACAAUGUGGACGAAGCAUUAGGAACUGUUGUCAGUAAUGUUCGAUGUGAAAUAAAG